UGAUCGUGAUUCGAGUCGUAGCUUGUUUACGAUAAUAUUAUUGUCGAUUCACAUGGGCUGUAAUCGCUAUUUAAUGUGAACUUAUUGUCAAUACAGUUGCAUGCUACUAAACUGUUAUUAGUCUGUGAACACGAACGUAAAUCAUUUACCAAGUUUCUCGCUGUCGAUCUUUUCGAUUUACAAAAUUUCAAUUGCUUGGUCGUUCAGUCAGCGAGUCUGUCCGAACGAAAUACAAUCAUGUUUUCGAAAAUCAUGUCACAUCUCAACAAUAAAGGCAUCCCGUUGACACCAAUGUCGAAGAAAACAAUGCCCAGUCUGUACAAGACUACUGUUGCCUUGAAAACAUGGGGUCUAUCCGGAUUGUCUUUUGGUGUAACAGGUUUUGUACUGCUAUGUUAUGUAACAGAAUGGCGCACUGUGCUACAGUUUUUUCCGUACUAUAAUGGAAAAUACAGCCAACUGCAAAUUGAAGAUGACUUGAAGAAAAUCCAUGAGGCCGAGCUUAAUUUAGAACGUAAAGAAAAUUCUUUUAGAGAUUUCAAGCAUGAAAGAGAAGUAAAAAUCGAUACUGAUAAAAAAGAAUAAUUCUUUAAAUUGUAAAAACUUAAAAUAUACAUAAUAUAUAGUUCAAAAUUAAAAUAGGUAGUUAAUAGUUAUAUAAUAUUAUGUGGAUCAACCAUGUAACUUAAUGUUUUUCCAUAAAUAUUAUUUAAAUUAUUUGUGUUAUUCAAUAUCAAAUUGCAUAAGUGAUAACUAUGUCGCUAUUUUUUUUAUUUAAGCAUUUCUAUUGGUAAUACAAAUUUAUUCAUAUUUACAUUUAUUAUUCAAAUAUAAUUUUAUGAACACUCAUAAAUACUUUUAUAUUUUGUAAUUAAAAAUAAAAUAAAUAGGUGUUUUAUUAACUUA